CUCCCCUCUCUCUCUCCCCCUCUCCCUCCAUCAUCUCUCUCUCUCUCUCUCCAUCCUCUCUCUCUGUGUCGAGUGAACCCGUGAAGUCAGCGGACGUGUAGAAGUUGAAGAUCCAGAAUGGAGAUGUUUGGAUUCCUCAUCGACAGCAGAGUUCCGACUGACGACAGCAGAAUCAAACCACCGAGCCUCGUCCAGCCCCAGUGACCGAGCCGCCCUCAGAGAAAUAUGUGUCUCCUGCUCCCGGCCCUGCUCCUCCUUCUUUCAGCCUCUCACCCAGUCAGGUGUUCACGCUCGUGCCCGCCCCUCUGUGUUUGUUACGAGCACGCCGACCUGGUGGACUGUCGUGCACGUGGAUACGAACACGUCCCGCGGGGCCUCCCACACGGAACCUGGCUGCUGGAGCUGGGAGGAAACAACCUGACUGAGAUCAGCUCUGGAGUCUUCACUGGACUGUGGUCGCUGAGGGUCCUGGUGAUGAGCAACAGUCAGAUACAAGUCGUUCAACCACAGGCGUUUUUCUCUUUGUCCUUCUUGGAGAAGUUGGAUCUGAGUUGGAACCAGUUGACGUUGCUCCCAGUCGACUUCUCCACCAGUCUGUCUGCGCUCAGAGAACUUCGACUGGCUCACAACAACUUAUGUUACUUAUCUGGAAACAGCCUGGAGUAUCUGGACAACAUGGAGAAACUGGACCUGAGCUAUAACCAGCUGGUGUCUGUGGGUCCUGGUGUGUUCAGAGGUCUGUCCAGGCUCAGGCAGCUCCACCUGCACCACAACAGACUGAGCCGGCUGCAGCGGGGGAGCCUGGACAUGCUGCCUGGACUGGAGGUGCUCCAGCUGAGCUACAACAACAUCUCUCAGAUCGACAGUGACGCUCUGGCGCCGCUCUACAGUUUGGCGGUUCUCGCUCUGGAGGGAAACAACCUGCAACACCUCAAGUUCAAAACCUUCCUCAGCCUGCACACGACAGAGACUCACAUCCAGCUGUCAGGGAACCCGUGGAGCUGCGACUGCGAGCUUCACCGCGUCUUCAGUAAGAUCCUCUACGUUCGCCACCUCCACAUCGACGACUACAGGAACGUGACGUGCCAGGAGCCGCCGCAGCUGACCGGGGCCUCGCUGGCCUGGGUGGACAGUCGGCUCUGCAUCGCAGAAACCGCCACCGUGCUCGUCAUCACGGUCACGGUGCUGGUCAGCGUGGUGGCGGCCGUGGUCAUGGCUGAGAGGAACAGGAAGAGUCACCGUGGGAAGAACUGGGACACGGAGUCACAGACUCAAACCCAGAGUCCACCGUCCUGAGAGCGGCGUCAGGUCAAGAUGGCUGCCGUCUUCAAAGUCAGAAUGCGUAGAAGUUUCUGAAGUUUUUCUUGGUAAAAGAGAUGGAACCUUUUAUGUAAAUUAGGGUUAUGGUUUCUGUGUUUCCAUUCUCUCCAGGAACUUUCUGCAGGAACUCAGAACCUUUGCAGGAACCUGGUGUUUCCUCCUGAGGAACCAGGGUCUAAAGAAAGAAGUCCCGGCUCAGAGGAGUUUACAGGAACCUGUGGGGCGGGGCUUGCAGCUUUUUUUUUUUUACCGCCACCUGGUGGACAUGAGUGGAACGGCUUAUUUUGCCGUCAGUGGACAUCUUCAACAGGAUCAUUAUUCUAACGUCCUCCGGUCUUUAGACCUCGGUAGAAACACGUGAACAAAGAUCACUCUGCGUUUUAGUUACAAUACUGAGACGCUUGGAAACAAUCACGCUCACAGCCUCUUGCUGAUUGGGUCUUUUCGGUCGUGAUGUUUCCUUCACUGAUUCGUCAGGCUCCUGUCACAUGACCUCCUCAGCUUCCAGUGUAGAAACAACAUGGAGAAUCAAUGACGUCACUGAGCCUGUUGUUCAGAUCUGUAGGAUACAGCUGUUUACAUGUGGAGGAGACCAGAUGUUCUGCAGCUAACGUGGACAAAGAUGGUUUUACUUUGAAAGCACUGUUUUCAAAGUAAAGCGUGGUCGUUUGUUUGGAGCUUAAAUGAAUAUUAUUAAGCUUUAUCACCAACCCUGUGAUAAAAUGCCCUAAUAAGAGUCUACAUGUUCUUAUAUUAUAUAUUAUAUUCAGUAGUUUGAAUGUUUUACUACAUGUGACACGAGACUGUUAUUUUCUAUUGUGACCUUUAACCUUCACCAUUAGAAAGUGAUUCCUCUUCAUCCUCGUGUCCUCGUCUCCUUCUGCUGGAUUUAAAACAAAGGAUUUUUACCCUCUGACAGUCAGAGAGACAAUCACCAGUAGAGACGCAGGUUCAGUAGAGACCAUGUGUCUGGACACCACAGUGGAUUAGAGCUGGACUGAUGGGGGGGGGGAGGCCAGAUGUCAGGAUGGAAAACAUCUAUUAAAUCUGUGUGCAGAGAGAAUUAAACAGAAGCUGAACAUCAGAUUCUCUGUUCGUUGUUUUCUUUCAAUCUAUUAUUAUUAUUUUUCACUUUCAAUUAUUCCCAUAGACUAAAUAAUGAUGGCAUUUGUUUUUGGGGGUUGAAACAGUGCAAUACUUUUACUUACACAAGUAUCUGUACUUGAAAUGUGUACUUUUGUGGUCUCUGUAGUUUGUCUCUCGUCAGACACAGUGAUGUGUGUGUCUCUCGUCACCAUCGCUGCAGAGGUCGAGGGAAGGUCACGUCAUGAGUCAGGUUUUAAAUCUGAGCAGAACAGACGGGAACAACGAGGAUUAGAGGGAGAUUUACUCCAGAGUGCAACUGGAGGGAGGGGCUGAGGGGGGGGUCGACCCCCAUCGUAAACAUUAAAACUCUUCAAAUCAAAUGACGUGAUGAUUGACACCACUCACGUCUCUUUGGUAUAUUCAGUCUUAUCUUAUCUUAUCUUAUCUUACCUGACUUUGGCUGACCUGCGUCCGAAGCUAAAUAUAAUAAAUAAUCCCAGUAUGUUGAUUUAUAUAACUCAUUUAAACUGAGUAAUAAUAUCCAGGCCGUGAAUCAGAGCUGAGAGAGAAUCUUUAUGAUGUCAUCAUUAAGUGCAGCUCAGUAAAACACCACAAAACAACUUCUUAUACUGGUUUUACAUUGACAUUUCUAACGCACCAGUAACAUCACUGAGAUCUGUGACCCUCUCAGAUUCUAGUGUUAUCUAUGUUAUGUUCUACAUUUACUAAAUAAAAAAAAUGCACCACUACACUUCUCACAAAAUGUCAGAUUCUCCUAAAAUGAUGAGAAACUGUUUUUUAAAUGUAUUUGUUUGUAUUGCAGUUACAGCUCUUUGCCAAUAGGAGGUGCUCCAGCUUCCCUCAGCACCUGAAUGUUAAUGUACGUUGUCCCUGAGUUUCAGUAUUAACGUCCGUAUAUAAAAAGGGUGUUAUAGGAACAUUUAUGCACAAUAACAGCUUUUAUUUAACGUAUGUACAACACUUCAAAGUGUUUUAGUUUAUGUUUUAUAUUAAAUUGUAAAGACGUUGUAUUUCUAUUGAAUACAGAAACUACAAUGAAGAACAAUCUGUCACUGUAGAUUCACGUUUAAUCAAACAAGGCAGUGAAAUCAUUCAUCGUUAAUUCAGAACAAGCACGUAAAGGACAGAAGAGAUAAAUCUGGAUGAUUUAAACGAUUCUUCUGCAUCACGUGCUGCUUAUGAACAUUAUGAAGGAGGUUUGUCCUGGUGAAAUAAUCUGUUGUCUAAAUCACUGGUUCAUAUUAAGAUCCAAUUCCUCCCUCUGUCUUUUCUCUUUACUUUUAUCAAGUC